AUGUUAGGAGACAGAAUGAAUACGACUGAAUGGUUUCGUUCAGUCUAUGAACAGAUAACUCUGCCUGCUAUUUAUACCUUUGUGUUCAUCAUUGGUCUGGGAGCUAAUGUAUGCGGACUGAAGUCUCUGCUUCAGAAAUGGAAAAGUCUUGGACACAUUAAUGUUUUUCUUCUGAACCUUGGAAUUGCCAAUUUUUUAUUACUGCCAACACUUCCAUUUUUAACAGCCUACUACUUUAUGAAGAAUAAAUGGAUAUUUGGAGAUGCCUUCUGCAAGAUCACAAGAUUCUGCUUCAACUUGAAUUUAUACGGCAGCAUUGGAUUCCUCACUUGUAUAAGUGUGAACAGGUACCUGGCUAUUGUCCAUCCACUGAAAGCAAAGAGAAGGAUCACUGUCCGUACCUCUGUGGCUAUCUCAGUCAUGGUUUGGCUGUUGGUGAGUGCUCAAAGUCUUCCAGACGUGCUCUUUCCCAAAAACUCACCAAAUAGAACUGAAAAAUGCUACCAUACCACCUCUAACGAGUAUGUGGAGGAUUACCUGAAAUACAGUGUUGGCUGGACUCUCACUGGGUUUGUUAUGCCUUUCUUUAUUUUUCUUGGCUGCUAUGGACAUGUGACUCUUGUUCUCUGCCGCAAAAAUACCAUUAAUAAGGUGGUGAAACAAAGAAGCUUAAAGUUGAUGUUCAUUUUGAUUUUGCUCUUCUCGGUCUGUUACAUCCCCUAUCAUAUUUUUAAGAACCUCAGCCUUUAUUCAAGAGUACUUUUUUCAACCAACAAGAAGUAUCCAUCAUGGGAUAAGGGAGUGUUCUGUGCUCAUCAGAUCAGUCGUGGUCUUGUGUGUCUGAAUAGUGUUUUGAACCCCCUGGUUUACCUCCAUGUCCUGGAUAUUCCUGCUCAGCUCCAACAGCUGCUUCAGCGGUUUCGUCAGACAUUUACUCGUUUGUUUGUGUCAAACUAUGUCAGUGUGCCUGUGGCACAAACUGCAAACAGAGCAAUAUCUUAACAGUAAAUAAUGACUUUGCAUGCAAAAGUAAGUAAGUUAAAGACUGCUUUAUGUACUACAAUGUGCUUCAUUCUCUUAAUUAUCACUCACUUUUUCUGGAUAACAGUUUUGGCACAAGUGUUUAGACAAAUAUGUAUAUAUACCUUUGUCUAUGUUUUGUUUCCUAUUCUAUUGCCUUGUAUUCUGUGAAUGACUAAAACCUGGUGGAAUGCAUUUACUCUUUUGCUUUAAAACUCAUUCUCCUUAGCUUGUAUGCAAGAUGUCAUUGUUAUUCCUUGUUAUUGCUCUGUAUUAGCUUCACUAGCUAUUAGCCUUUAAAUAAUGAUGUUAUGUAUUUGAAAUAAAUGUAAUUUAAUCCUUGAAAAUUGCAUUAUUCAAACUCCUUACAACAACAACUUUCACUUUAAUGAUAGAUCAGGACAGAGCUCUGGCAGAUUAGUAUAAUUUAUUUCAUAUUAGUGCUAUUACUGUAUUUUUUGCACUUUUCAAGAAACUCAGCCUUCAUUCAAGAGUUUUGUCAAAAUGAAGGAUGAGUCCAGAUUGGGAUGAGGGAGUUUUUGGUCCUCAUCAGAUAAGUUGUGGUCUUGUGUGUCUGGAUAGUGUUUGGACUCCCCUGGUUUUAUUCCUUGUAAAGGAUUUCCCUGCUCAGCUCAGGCAGCUGGUCUGGCAGUAUUGUCAGAUGUUGUAUUGUCAGUAUUGACUUUGGCUUUCUCAAGCACAGCUGAGUUUAAAGACUGCAUCAUGUAAUUCAUUUUAUAUCAUUCUUUUAACUAUUAUUCUGGGGGGUUUUUUUGUUUGUUUUUUUAAAAUAACACUUUUAACAAAAAGGUCUACAUACAUACUUUUAUACACACACUUCACACUCAAUCUACCUUCAAGCCUGUAAAGUUUAUUGUGUUUAUUGCUGACACAGAGUUCAGAUGUAUAUUCCAUGUAUUUUGUAGUGGCAACCUCUGUUUUGUUUUCCUUUUUUUAUU